AUGGCCGAACAGUUUUCCGCAUCGGCGGCCUUCACAAACAACACGGCCGAUGGCUGGGGAGACGAUUGGGGCGAUUGGAACGAAAAUACAGCGGCCCCGCCGAUCACAGCUGAUCAUCCGGUGCAGCCAAAACCGUUACCCAUGGCCAACAGUGUGGCAUCAAACCAAUACUUUCAUCAGCAACAACCUCAGCAGAAUCAUCUAGGAAAUCAGUAUCGGGACGGCGGCGGCACCGGUUUUGACCAUCACAAUCAGAACUAUCUACCCAACUAUAAUGUCCCGUCGCCCGGGUACAGUGUCGCCGGAAGUACUGGAUAUCAGCACCAGGCAGCAGCACCAUCGCCGCAACAACCUGCCUAUGGCGGCGCAGUUAACAACAAUUUUUACAAUGCACCACCAACACACACGCCACAGCAUCUGCAAGCCCCGAACCAACAACGACCCCCUUCGCACCCGGCAGCUUCGACGACGCCACAGCUCGUACCCACCUUUAGUCAAACUAUUUCCGAUAGCUUCGAUACAUCCGCAGCCAAUAGCUGGAACUGGGCUGGGGCGGACACUUCAAACCGUGCCACUCCUUCAACCGUGCCCCCGCCGGUUACUCAGGUGCAGCGUUUGAAGGCGGAAACCCUUUCGCCACAAUGGUCGAUCGAAAGUCAGGUAUCGUCCAGCGAUCGGUCAAUGGAGGGUGAACAUCGCGAUCAUACCCAAAGCGCCACACUAAGGUCCGCUUCAGCAAACCUUGCCGUGGAAGAACCGUCGAUUCCGCAAUCCUUGGCGAUGGAAAACCUGGAGAAUCCAAGAAGUAGUCAGGCUCAGCGACCAGGAAGUGGGAAUUCCGCGUACUCAAACAUCCAACCAACGCCACCACGCGCUUCAUCAGUAGCUCCAACACCAUCCGUACCCGAUCGGUUGGAUGAGGUGCUGCAAGCUUUGAGCUUGAAACAGGAAACAAACGACCCGAACGCAAACUUCGAAUCUGGCUUCCGGGAGCAAGCUUUCCCACCGCCACCUCCCUCGAUCGCUGGCAACAGCAACGGGGGCAGCAAUGGAGGAUCGCUGCAUAACGUCUCGAAAGCGACGACACCUCCGUUACCUCCGCCACCGGUGGAAUCGCAACCCACGGGAGUUGCAGCGCCACCACCGAAACCGACGGCAGUGCGUGUGGCUCCACCAAAAGUGAAUCAAGGACCGACGGCUGGCGCAGGGAAUCCUUUCAAGCGUGCCGGACCACGAUCGCACAUUGCAACCCCCGGCCUUGGAGGUUCCGGGCUCCCUUCCGCUGUGCCGCCGAAUGCCUUCUUCCCACAGCAACACCAACCGGCACCGGUGCUACAACCGGCGCUGCACGGCGACCACGCCGUCGAUUCGUCGGUGCCGGAAAAUCAGGAAAUUCUCUUCGAGCCGCGCACUUCACCGAAACGCGAAGAGCCCGAGCUGCUGGAAGUGGUGCAACCCAGCAACGAUCGCAAUCAGUACCUCCAGACGGGUCACCUCUCGGAAGAUGGUUAUAAUGGGAUGGCGGCGGAGACCGUUGCAGACGGUGCACCCGAUACAAACGACGGAAGGCUACCUCCACCGGGACUGUCGCGUUACGUACCGGGACAACACCAGCAGCCAACGGCCGCGGCCAGCUUUCCGGAACCACCGCCCGGGUUGGAUCGUAUGAUUCCUGGCACCGAUCUACCGGCGAACGAUUCGGGCUUUUCGCUCGAGCGGCAAGCGGAUGGCGGCGAGGAAGUAACGGAUCAAGCCGGACCCGUUGGAUCGGCAGGUUCGGGUUCUUCCCAUCUUCUCCAUCACCAUCACCAUCAUCAUCACAAUGCCGGCGGCGGCGGCAAUCGGGAGCGGGUUGAUAUGAGCGAUCGCAAUCUGUACCGGGUGCCGGGGGAAGACGAUCAUCAUCAGCAGCAGCGCGUAGUGCCGGGACUCGAGAAUGAACGUACCACCGCGGUAGGUGGUGGCAGUAGCAGCGGACCCUUGCCACCGGUGGUACCGCAGGCACCGCCAAUGCAAGUUCCUUCGACCGCGCCGGUACCUACCGUGCCACGGGAGGAACAGCGUGAGCUGGUGAUGGAGGGUGCCAAUCCUGACGAUCGUCGCGAAGAACCCCUGGAAGGUGGUAAUGGUGGUAGUGGGAGUGAGGAUGUUGGUAGUGGACCGACCGGUUCGGUCACGGUGGAACCGGAUUCUAACCGAAGCGAACCCCAUGAAGCGUCCCGUCACGUCGAACCAUCGAACACUUCUACGGGCGAAGAAAGUGACAAAGCGAUCGGUGGUGGUGGUGGCGGCGGUGGCAAUAGUGGCUUUUACAGCAAAGGCCGCCGCGAGGAGGACACCGUGCGACGAUCGAACAAAAGUAAAAGUUCGCGCGAUCGCUACGAUACGGAAGACUCCGAGUACAGUGAUCGGGAACGGCGGCGUCGGGAGCGUGAAACGAGUGUAGCCGGUGGAUCCGGUGGUGGUGGUGGUGGACCGGGAGUGGCCGCCCUCGGGCCUCAGCAACGGGGCGAACGUUUGCGUUCCCGGGGUGGGGAACGUGAUAAGGACAAACGUAAGGAUGCUGGCCAUGAUCGAGAACGUGACCGGGAUCGUGAUCGCGAUCGUGACUAUGAUUACCGUGAUCGUGAAAGGAAUAGAUACGAACGUGGUGGUGAUCGUGGUGAUCGGUACGGGCGAAGCAACAAGUACGAUCGCGAUACCCGCUACGAGACUGAUGGUUCAAAGUACGAAACCGAACGAUCUUCCGCACGGUACGAUAAGGAGGAUACGAAGCAACAACGGUACGGGUCCCGUGACCCGCGGGACGAUUAUUAUCGCAAGCGCGGCGAUGAUCGUGCUGCCGGUGGACCGGGCGACGAUGGGCGAGGACAUCGCGGUGCCGACCGGGUCGAGAGUGAUCGACGUUUGCGAAAAGACAAGGCGGAGCGCUCCGAUCGCUACCGGGGUGGUGAGGAACGCAGAAAAGAUGAUCGCUACCGUGAAGCCGUGGGCGACAAACGUCGCGAUCGGCACGAUCGUCGGUAUCCGGAUCCGGAAGAUUACCGUGCCGGCAGCAGAAAUGGCACCGAGCGUGACCGCGUCCGCGAGCGAGAUGAUCGCAAGGAGAAAGAUCGCAAGUAUCUGGCCGGAGCAUCCGGGGCCGGUGGUUAUGGUGCACCGGGCGGCGGCGGCAGUGCCUAUGGCGCUUCGGGUGGAUACUACGACCCGUACAGCUACUAUGCGCAGCACCAGCAGUACUAUGAACAGCUGAGGCGGACCAAUCCGCAAGCGUACGCCGACUGGUACCGGACGUACUAUGCGCAGAUGCAGGCAAGCCAGAUGCAGCGUGAUCUGCUGACCAGCGAUGGCCGCGAGUCGGUGCACUCGGGGCGCAGCUCGACGAACGACAAGGAGCGGUUUAAUCGGACCACCCCGUUUAUGCAUGGUACCGGGUUGUACAAUCCGGAGGACUACCAUCGUCAUUUCAAUAAUCAGUCGCUACCGUCGGCACACGCUGCGGCGGCGGCCGGUGGGGCCGCCGCUUCCGGCCACCUCUCGCUGCUCGAUCAGAGCUACAACAUGAGCGAGGUCGCUGGCCAGCCCUCGUCACUGCCACCGAUGUUCCACCAGCAAGCGUACCAGCAGCAUCAUCAUCCGGCACAGCUGCUUCACCAGCAAACAUUCCAACAGCAGCAGCGCGCUUCGACGUCGCUUGCCCUGAACCGAACGUACCACGGCGAAACGGGCGGCAGCUACUUUCAACCAAGAAUCGAUCAAAUCGACGCGUCGGCGAUCAAGUCGGAGCAUGCGACCGAACUGUCGGUGAUGGAACCGGAACGACUGACGCCCCGAAAGUUCCCCGAAAUUCACCCGAUCGUAAGCCUUUCGGCGGGACUGCUGAUAUCGACGAAGAACCGGCUGACCGUGAACGGGAUGGCGGAUACGGUGAAGAUUUUCACCUUAGGAUACAGUGAUGCAAGCCGAAAAUUGUUCCAUACGUACCCGGGACCGCUAGUGAAAGGUGUUACCCACAAGAAGUCCGUCAUCGAGUUCUGCGAGGAUCAGCUACGGCUAGGGCCACCCUACAGUGGGGCGCUCGCACUGAUCAAAUCGCGGGGCAACUCGAUCAACAGUCUACACUCGUCGUCGCUGGCGGCCGGUGUCAACCGGAGCUCCUUUGCGUUGCUGUGGAACUACAUCAUUUUAUUACUGCGACAAAAUGGCACUUUCGUUGGAACGGACAUUUCGGAGCUGCUGAUGCAGAACAAGGAAGAGUAUCCGUUCGAGUCGAUACACACUAGCGCCGCCCGGUCAGCCAACAUUAGUGGCCGCAAUUCAUCGCUUUCGGUUGCCGAGUUGCGCGAAGCGGACGCCCGGGAGGGAGCGGCGAGCGACGUCGGCGAGGACAGUCCACCGCUGGCGGUCGAUGGUGGUUCGAGUGUACCGGAAGCGUCCCCGAAGAUGUUGUCGGAGCUGGAAAUAACCGACAAAUUCCGCAGCUACCUCAUCUACGGCAACAUCAGCGAAGCGCUCGAGUGGGCCACCGAACAUAACCUGUGGGGCCACGCACUGUUCCUAGCGUCGAAGGUAGACUCUCGGCAGCACGCGAACGUGAUGAUGAAGUUCGCCAACAAACUCACGCUAAACGAUCCGCUCCAGACCCUGUACCAGUUGCUGAGCGGACGAACGCCGGCCUCGGUUACGAGUGUUUUGGAUGAAAAGUGGGGCGAUUGGCGUCCGCACCUGGCGAUGCUGAUGUCGAACAGUUCGGCCAAACCGGAGCUGAUCAAAAAAUCGAUCACGACCCUCGGUGACACACUGUUCCACCGGGGUGACCUGUACGCGGCGCACUUCUGCUACCUCCUGUCCGAUGUGGCCUUCGGUCGGUUCGCCGACGUCAAGCACGGUGACGUUGGUGGUGGCGUUGGCGUCGGCUUCAACAAUGCCAAUGCCGUCCGGUUGGUACUGCUUGGUGCCUCUCACUAUCAGCGCAACUUCCGCGAACUGUCGACUAACGAGUCCAUAAUGAUGACUGAAAUCUACGAGUAUGCCCGCUCGCUGAAUGAAGAUCGAUACUCCAUCACGGAGCUACAGCGUUACAAAUACUUACUCGCCUGCCGGAUGCUCGACCAGGGAAUGCAGCUGAAAUGUUUGCUCUACAUGGAACAGAUCGCUGACCAGAUACAGCACGAUCCGUACCGUUUUGAAACGGAAUUUAUUCGAAAGGUGUACACACUUGGCGAUCGGCUGAAGUAUUACGAUCCGGUGAUGGAGAAAGCGCUUGAUGAAUCGGUGGAUAAUACGGGGCGUGGUAACGUUUACGCCGCCGUCGAGGAUCCCGACUGGUUGAAGCGCUUACAGGAAAUCAUUCUCAGCAAUAGCAAUUCUCCAUCGGCGAGUGCCACAAAUUACAAUGGCAACGCGCAGGAGACGGCUUAUGAUUAUGGCAAUCACUAUGGUUACGGUUCCGAGCAGGCAGCCACCAACAGUGGCUAUGCUGCUGAGGCUCAAGAAGCACCGGCUUAUGCUGCUGCUGCUGCUGCUGCUGCUGCUGCGGUAGACGCGACCGACAUCAAUAAGCAGUUUAACGAAAUCAACCAUCAACUUGGACAGUUAAACUUGCAGUACAACGAUCAGCAGCAGCAAUACCAGCAGCAGCAAUACCAGCAGCAGCAGCAGCAGCAGCAGCAGCAACAGCAACCUGCUCCGGGAGCAAUGACCAGCUAUGAUCAAGGGUAUGAGUCGAUCAAUCCUCCGUCGAUGAUGGAAUCUACGUACGAUCAAGCAUCGCAGCAGCAGCAGCACCAAUUACAGCCGCAGGACAAUAAUGGCUACGAGCAGCAGCAAUUUAAUCAGCAUUACAACUACGAGCAGCAUCAGCCUGGCGAUGGAACCAUGUUUACACCGGCUCCCGUUCCCGGUCCGGAUCCAUCAGUUCCGACCUCGUACGAUGGGCCCUACUGGGGUGCAGCUGGUAACAGUGAGCAGCAGCCGGCCAGAACGGUUCCGCCACAGCACAAUUCGUGGCACCAUCACCAUGAAGAAGAGCCAGAGCCCGAGGAAGAGGAUGAAGAUGAGGAUCCGCAUCCGCAGCAGCAACAGCAUCGCCGCAUGAGCGAUCGAAGCUCAUCGUCACCGUCUCCUCCGAACGUUCGUAACGGUCCAACGCCGCACUCGGAUCAAUUUCAAACAGGUCGCGGUGAGGUACAUCUUCGACAGCAGCAGCAUGCCAGCGAAACGGUGUUCGAUUAUCACCAGCACGGUGCAGCAGCGCUUGAAGCGUCCGCACCAAAACCGACGAUCUCAAUGCCAAACUCCGUCUCGAAUCGCUCCGGCUUCAACGACGAGACGGAUGAUGAACGACCCGGGGGAGGGCAAGGGCAGCGCGGAACUGCUGGCCCGAGUACUGGUGGAGCAAAGCCGGGACAACCGAACCAUAAUGCAUCGCAAACGAAACAAAUGCCUGCACCAAAAGGUGCCAAACCGGGUGCCGGUGCUGCCAGCGGUGCUCAGGGUUCGGGCUGGUUUGGCGGCAUCUGGAACAAGUUGUCGAUGAAACCGAAGAACCAGAUGAUACUGCCGGACGAUAAGAAUCCGAAGAUCGUAUGGGACGAAGUGUCCAAGCGGUGGGUAAACACGGACGAGAACGAGGUAGAAACGGAAGCAUACAAACCACCACCCAAAAUGGCCGAUCUCAUACCAAGUGCUGCGGCUCCACCCGGGCCAACGGCACCACAGCCGACUGGACCGAUGAUGCCUACGCAAAACAGUGGCCCCACGUUCCAGCCAAUGGCUCCCAGCACGAUCGGUACAGCGAACGUCCAAACCCCAACCGCGGCACCAGUCACCGUGCAAUCAAAUCCGGCUCCCGGGGGUGCCGGUGAACCAACGAAAGUUCCAACUCUGCAAUCGAACAUGUACAAGAUGCAACGCAACCGAACACUCAAGCGAUCGUACGUGGAUGUGUUUAAUCCAUCCGGCGCCGCGCCGAGCCGUCCAACGGAACCCGUCCUAGCGCCAUCGGUUCCAACGCUACCGACCGCCCAAGGUGGCUUUUUCGUCCCCGGCGGUACCGAAGCAGGAGGGCAGCAGCAAUCGAACGAUCCGUCUGAGGGAAUGCCACAGUUCUACAAUCCAAACCAGUUUGCCGGUGGUGGUGGUUAUCAGCAGCGGCAGUAAGCGAGACCGACGACUUUGGUCAUUCAACCGGAUUGUCGGCGAGAUCACGUGCCUGACGGCAGGUUUGGAAAAAGGAGAAAGUAUCAGUCCCAUUCACACAGUUACACCCGCUCUAGUAGUGUGCAUCCGGCGGGAGUUUAUGUUUUGUCUUUUAUUUGCGCAACUACUACCGACUGCUGCUACACGCACCUUCCGCUGGAAUCGUUUGCUAUGUUGCGGGUUUUCGUUACUGAUUCACUGCGAGGCUCACUCGUGGCCACGGGGUCCCUUAUAUUUUUUGUGUUUGUUUACAAGUAAUCACAAAAGGCAGAAACAGCGGGGAUAGGCAUAAGAAACAGGGACCUGUCGGUUAAAUCGAAAGGGGUCAGCAACGCGUUGAUCGUGUAAGUCUUUCGUUUACUUGUAGUUAAGUCAAACUGUGUUCUGAGCAAAUUCUGUUACAUUCUAUUCGGUUUUAUUAUAUUUUUUUGUUUGUUUUUAAUGUACAUCUACCGUGUUCUCUGAAAGACCGCUGGUGCUGCUUCCUAUCCGCAUGCUCGAUCUGAGCAACCCGAGCGCGGUUCGUUAAGAGAAUACCAAGCCUAUAAUCGGGGUUCGUUUUGAGGUGUUUGGUUGCUGUAUAGAAAUAUAUGUAUUGUCAAUUUGGCCACCCAAAUGGUCAAUAUUGGACGGUGGUGUGUGCAGGCGCAGAAGACAUUCAUAGUGAGAGUUAUCAUGUUUCUUCCUUAUUUUACAUGUUUUGUUGAAGAGUUUCGGAGAGGAAUUAGUUGUUGUCUUCUUUAGCAUUUAAGUUACUCGCGCCAGGCUCGAGUCGUCCGCGAUCGAAAAGGGUACUACUGCGUAUGAAGCAACCGAAUGGGGUGGAACGUGUCGUUGUGAUAGUACGAACCGGGAAAAAGGAUGUUGCUGUGUUUUAUGCUUCUAUAUUGUUUAGUUAGAAAGUGCGCUUCGUUAUACAGAAAUAGCUGUGUGUUUGUUUUAUUCCCAUUAUGUUACACUGCAAGUGGUCGACCGCAAACGAUCGUCGUACCCUCCUCCUGGUGACUGAUAAUGGCAAAACCGUAACGACUCCACAAAUCACGCAAUCACUCCAAUCACGGUCCUCUCAGCACGUUUGAUAACAAAGAUGAUGAAAAGUAUGUUCCCUUCUGCAACCGCCUACAGUAGAACACGCUCGAACUGCAGAAUGUAUGAUAUAUUUAGCCAAUUUGUCGACACAAUAAACUAUCGUACAA